AGGAAGCGGCUGGUGGUGGCGGGGGUCUUGGGGGUCGUUAUGGUACUGGUUUUGGUCAUCCUGAUCCCGGUUCUAGUUAGUUCAGCGGGGACAGCUGCACACUACGAAAUGCUCGGUACUUGUAGAAUGGUGUGUGACCCAUACGGCACCAAAUCUCCAACCAGCACCACCACGGCCGACACCGUCCGAGACAACAACCUCAUGCAGUCUUUACCCACUUUUAUUCAAGGUCCGAAAGGAGAGCCGGGCCGUCCGGGUAAGGCAGGGCCAAGGGGCCCGCCGGGUGAACCGGGACCACCCGGGCCACCUGGAGACAAAGGUGAACCGGGCAGACCUGGUUUACCAGGACCUCCGGGACCGAGCGCUGCUGCCGGUGCAAUUAGCGCGGCCACCUACAGCACCGUGCCCAAAAUCGCCUUUUACGCAGGACUGAAAAAACAGCACGAGGGUUACGAAGUACUGAAGUUUGACGACGUGGUGACCAACCUAGGAAACCACUAUGAUCCGACCACCGGAAAGUUCACGUGCUCCAUCCCUGGGAUUUAUUUCUUCGCUUACCAUGUCCUGAUGCGCGGAGGGGACGGCACUAGCAUGUGGGCUGAUCUUUGCAAAAACAACCAGGUACGUGCCAGUGCCAUAGCCCAGGAUGCAGACCAGAACUACGACUAUGCCAGUAACAGUGCUGUUCUGCAUCUUGAGCCUGGAGAUGAGGUCUACAUUAAACUAGAUGGAGGAAAAGCUCACGGAGGCAACAACAACAAGUAUAGCACCUUCUCUGGAUUCAUUAUCUACGCUGAUUAGACAACAGUUACUGCAACUGCUACAUUUGUGCUCUCGACUAUUACAGGCCAUCUGGCUCAGCACUUCCACAAAUCAUCCUUGUUCAAAUGUAAAAACGUAUUCUUUUAAACGUGUGUGGGGAAACCAAUACAAAGCUGCAUAAUUCAUUUCCUACUUUUCGCUUCUUUAUGAUGCCUGUUGAAAGUAACUCUGGACAGUAAAAUCAAUUAGUUAACUUAUCAAAUUGUGAAGUGAAUACAUUUCCUGUCUUUAUACUAUUAUGUCAUACUUACCAC